CCAAACAUGGACGCUGGGCACCUGGGAGAAGAAAGAGAAGAAAACAGACUUUUGUCCGGUUCAUUUUCCCUUGGACUCAAGCUCGUGGUCGACGGCUACACAUCGGAGUAGUUUAUCUUUUUUCUCUGUAGCCAUAUUUGCUCUUAUACUUAUGGAAAUGACAACUUACUAUUAAUUUCCUGUCUGAAGAGAAGUUUUAACGGCGGCUGUAACUUUGGAUCAUGGAGCAAACCAGCCUCGGCUGCCAGGUCUGCCUCACCAAAUACAACAAGGUGUUUGAUUUGAAGAAACAUGUGCACUCAAGCCUACAUCGACAGAAAAUGGCAGAAGUCUUCCAGAAAGAUACGUUCAAGGGUCGGGAUACAUUCAGGGGUCUUGGCUUCUUUCCCUACCUUGUUAUGAUCCAUCCACGUGCCAGGCAUGGCAUCAAACAACCUGUCAUAGGCUUGUCUCUGAUGACUCUGUGUUUCAGUCCAGAGACAGACACACAUUUUUACCUGUGCCAUGCCUGUGGGGAAAAGCGUCCACCAGACAUGAUUAUACACCACCUCUCUUCUAGUGACCAUUUCAGAAACUACUUUAACUACACAAACCCCAACAUGCUGAAUUUCGGCUGGAUACCCAUCAUGGAUUCAAGAAUCUUUCUCAGACCUCAGGUCAUGAAGGAAGUGAAAAAGAGGGGGCACGGACAACUACAGUUGUUGGAUUUACCUGAAGAUCUGUUGAAUAGGCUUGAAAGAAGUACCUACACUGAAGUGAUGCACACUCUCGGUGAAAAUGACAAGCUUCUCAAGCUGCUUGAAGUUACCAAGCCAAAGAGGACAAUGAUACAAACAUACCAAAGAGACCGCAACAGGAAGCAUCCACUUCUUGGUAUGCAGCACCUUGUUGAAUGCAUUUGUGUUGGGCCGACGGAGAAGAGAUACUACCUCUGCACGCUCUGCAACCUACCUUUGGCCGCCCACAUGAUCAUCAAACAUGUCCUGAGCUUUGACCACAUCUUUUGUUACUUUAGAGCGUGGCAUCCGUCUACUUUGCUGGCAAAGGAAUCCUACGUGGAUUACAACAAGUUUGCCCCCACGUUGCUCAAUUUUGCAAAGCAGACGGAGGAAAUUCACAGUACUUCAAACACUGAUAUGAAGCAAGUGAGCCUGGAGCCUGCCAAAUUCACAUCGGUGAAUUUUGCUAGUUAUGCACAAGCAUUGAAGGCACUGGAAUCCAUCAGGAAGGAAAACAAUGAGAGCGGCUUGAUUACAAGUGUCAAACCAGGGAACAAGCUGGUGUAUCGCGCUGCAUCGGUGCCGUCAGCAGCAUUAUCGUACGAACUACGCUGUCAGAACUGCAGUAUGAGCUUUGACCAUAUAGGUCAUUAUUCCUCACAUUUGUCAGAGUCGAUACACAAAGAGAUGUUCACUAAACUCUUUGGUGAAGGUGUUGAUGCUUAUUUCCAAGGAUCGAAAAUCAAUCUGGGUUUAUACCUUGAGUACCUCAAAAAGCGCUCGGGGCAAAAUCAACCAGUUAUUGGUGUACCCCUGGUUGUGACGUGUAUCAGCACUCAGCUUCAGGAGGAACCUAUUUAUGUGUGCUUUGCUUGUGAGGACUGUUUCCCCCACUCCUUCCUCAGGCAACACUUUGACUCCCCAAAACAUCUCAUACACACGUUGCUGUACCAGAAUCCCUGGCGGCUGCCUUUUGCGUGGGAGAAACCUCUGGAUCUGGAAGUCUUGAGGACAAUGGCAUGGGAAGAAGAAAGGGAAAAAGGAUCAAAUCCGAUGAAACUGAAGGUAUUUGAUAUCCCACACAAGGUGUUUCAGAGCCUCAUCCGACUGAGUUACUCAAAAGUGGUGGAGAGACUUGAUCUACACCACACUCACUUAAAGUGUGAAGUUCCACAGCGUGAAACUUACAGCAAACUCCAACAAAACGAGAGAUUUCCUCUGCUCGGUUGUCAGUUCGUGGUCAGGCACGACGUGUGUGUCAAACGGGAUCAGCUAACAGAAGUGGGAUUCCUGUGUUUGCUCUGUGAGAGGCGGUUGUUAGACGAUGAAUGUUAUGCUCAUGUGUUCAGUCGGGAGCAUGUUGCAACGUUUCUGGACCGUUUCCACCCAGGCUCCCAGAAUUCGAGCACAGAUGCAGAGACCUUAUUGGACUUGGCAAAACAGGCAACGCGUUUUCACUCCAUAUCACACGUACAGGUAAUAAAGUUGAACAAGCCCAUUUGGGAGCCCUGCUCGUAUUCUAAAGCAACAUUCAUCCUGGCAGCUGCAGCUAAGAGAGAGAAUGUAUACUAUAAACCCCAAAUAAUGCCUAAAAAGAAGCUGGUCCCCAGAAAAACCCUGAAAGAUGUCGACAAGGACAGUCAGAAUAACAGCAGCAUGAUGGAGGGGGGUGAGAAAACGUGUCAAAGAUCUACAGACAAUAGUGAGGUGACCCUGAAAAAGAUUUCAGUAGAAGUUGGUGCUGAAGUCACCAAUACACACGGUGUAGAAACUUCUACACCCAGUGAAAAAGAAUCAGAGCAGAGAAGGGAGGUGUUUUCAAAAACUAGUUCAGAGGAGAUAAAGAAUGCAGGAAGUGAGACAUGCCAGGCGAUAAAGGUGAAGAUAGAAGACCUAAAGGAGAAGAUAGAAGACCCUAGAAUGAGAGAACCAAGUGGGCAGACACUAGAAAGCUGCAAGGACACAGACAAGAAUUCAAGGACAGAUGGCAAAGAUGCCCUGACACAGUUGACCCAGAAAAGGAAAAUCUCACAGGACACCUGUCCUGUUGAGAAUGCCAAGCAAGAAAUAAGCCAUAAAAGGCAGCGGCUCACCUCCAAAGAAGACGCAUUCUGUAAAGAACCGCAGAACUUGCCAAGUUACGAACACGAGGAGGUAACCACCGCAGACAAGGGAGAAAGUGGCAAACCAAGUCAUGAAACUGCAAAGGACAAAGCAUCUUCUAACGUGAACCACCAACAAGAUCAAUUGUGGAAGUAUGUCAAGAGGAAGAACCGAGAUCCUGUCGUUGGCUUAAGUGAACUUCUUGAAUGCCACUGCGAUGAGUGUGACCCCAUCUACUUUUGUGAGUGCUGCUCUCUGAAGAUCCCAGAGAAGGACAUCAUCACCCAUGUUACCGGACCCUACCACCAGAAGAGCUACCUGGUGGGGUUACAGAGACUCCCACCCCCACCAUUGAUUCACCAGAGGGAGGAGAUCAGACGUUUGGCUGCUUCGUUUGAACAAGAAAAUGGAUAUGGAGAGGCUCAGGUUGUUGAUCUGGAUGAGGAGAUUUACAAUAACCUCUCAAAGCAAAGCUUUGAAUCAGCCAUGCAGACAGUGAAGGCACUUCGGGAUCAGCAGCACAGUGGGCGUGAACUUCCUGUGGACACCUCGGUCACCCUUGAUGCUGAAAAUGAGCUCUGUCAGGUGGUGAAGAUGGAGAUUGAUGAGGCAGGCACCCCCCUGAUUGUUUCAAGAAGUAGUGAGGUCAAAACCGAAUUAACUUCAAACACAACCGUUGGACCAUUACAAAAAUCAACCACUUCCAAAUUGUGGGGGCCAUCUCAAACUAAAGCAAAUCUGGAUUCUGCUGCAACUAACUCCACCAUAACAAUGACAGCCAUCUCCAAGCUUCCAGUCAAAUCUUCCAACUCUACUCUAGACACCACCAAAUCGACAGCACCCAUCUCCAAACUCUCAGCUGCCCCAUACAGCUGUACUACAGUCACCAACAAAUUGAGACAAACUGCCAACGAAAGUACAGCAACCACCUCUAAAUGUACAGCAUCCUCCUCCACCCCUAGUGCCACCAUCUCAAGCACGACCUCAACCACAAAAUCUGCAACAUUGUCCAAACCACCGGAAAGAACUGGAGCUGCAGCCAAAGUUCCAGGGACUUCAUAUAAAGCGGCCACCGCCUCUAACAUGGAAUCCACAGUAUUGCCUGAAGCUGCCUGCAAAACUGCACCUGUCUCUAAAAUGGAAAAUGUCUCGAAAAAAUCUGAAAAUGCAUCCAAAACUGUGGUCGCAUCUCAAAUUACGAUGAAAUCUGUAGCCCCUGCUAGAAUGACUAAACCAUCAGUUCAAUGUGAGAACACUCAAGACUGUGUCAAGGCUGCACAUAUAAGGAGUUAUGCGGGAUCAACUGUUGAUGUUGCAUCAAAGAUUCAUAAGAGUAAGGCACCUGCAGCUCCCCACCUGCACGCCAGGUCUGAAAAUAAGAAUCCACUACAUACCUCCGCAAGUAAGACAAAGCCAAAGGAAACCUCUCCUAGAGUUGGCUUAGACCAGCUGAUUGUAGUGAGAUGUGGAGAAAGGAAGCGAGUCUACUGUCAGCUGUGUUCAGUCGUGUUGACGAGUUCCAGUCACCCAAUGGAAUUCACCCACCAGUUUAACUAUGUGAAAAAGCAGCACCCUGGGUGGAAUGCCACGAAAGACAAGUCGAUCGAGCUGCGGAGCAAAUUGGCCAAGAUAGUGAGCCACUUGGCUGAGGUUGAGAAAGAUGUAGGAUCCCCAUCCAAUAAGGAAGUGGAGGUGAAGAUUGAGGAGUACAAAGAGCUGGCAGAUCUUCCAGUGGUUGAAGCUAUUGAAAGGCUGAAAGAAAAAUUGGAACUGCGAGACUCGCAGGUCUUAUCACCCCCCACAGCCGGUACUGCACAGGUUUUGAGACCGCAGUUUCCUUCCGCCAGUCCAUAUGAAGCUUCAAGCCCAGAUGACGGGAUGUACGUGCAACAGGAAGAAAAACGUUCUGAUAACCAAUCAGAGCAGGAGAAAAAACAUGAGCUCAAGGCACUAUUGAUCCAGAUUCCAGAAAUUGAAUCCAGUUCAAAAGAGGAAGAAACUCUUGCUGUGAGUCAGUCGGCCAGAGCUCAGAGCGUAAAAAGUUCAGAGCCAGAAGCUAAUGACACAAUUUCAGACCAGCAUCAUUCGUGGCCGAUCUUGAAUAAAAAUGAGCCCAAUCCUAGCGUUCAAGACGCAGGCCUUGCAGCAGUCCAAAUGCAGAAGCCUCAGGGUGCCGCUGACUCCACAGGCAGGUUUGCUCAAACCUUUGAUCCUGAGAAGAGACAACAGCAGGAGAGAAGUGAUCCAAAGUUACAGGACACGCGGAAGGUGCUGGAAGGCUCUCAGGAAACAUCACUUGUAAAAUUCUUCAACCAGAACCUGCCCUCUUAUGCUACAACGGUGAAUACAGAACAACAGAACCAACUAAGACCCAGCGAGAAAGCAGAACGUGUAUCAAAACACUCACCAGGGAAAAGCGCACGGAGCUGCAGUAAUUUGUCUACAUUCUUGAGGGUGUUGGAAUAUGACCUUGAACCAAUCAUAGGUCUGGGAUCUGUGUGGGAGUGUCGAGGGAUAAAGCAGAAUUCGUUCUACCUUUGUGAGAGCUGCAGGGAGACGCUCUCCUUCGGUGACAUCUGUCGACACAUGCGUAGCAAUGAGCACAAGCUCAAAUGCACUAUGCAUGUGUUUCAGUGGAGGCACUACCCUCUGGAUCUGCACUUCUGGCUGGAGGAGGAUCUGCACCAAUGGAUGAAACUGGAACUUUUAAAGGAAGUAGCCCAGAUGCUCUCAGAACAGGAGCGUUACAACAAGAUAGAUGCACAGGUUAUAAUCAUGAGAGAGGAUCUGUAUGAAUAUGUCCGGACAGCUUCGUUCGAUGAAGCUUUAAAAGUGGUGCAAAACAUCACCAAAAGUCUACUCAUCUCUACUCCACAACAAAAAGACCAGCAGCCUGAGGCCCGGCAGAGUCCAGAAGAAUCUCUUCCCGUGAAGAUGCAGCCAGCACAGGCACCUGAGACGGGCCACAGUGGCACAGGUUCAGGAGCAAGACAUAAAACUGAGAAACAUAAUUUGGAAGAAACAGUUGGAGAUUUGGAUGGGGUCAAACAAAGCACAGUCUUGAGUCGUCUGGAUGUGACUAGUGUCUCCUCAAAGCCUGCUUCUGUUGUCUCUCGUAUCCCUGGGACUGGAGCGUGUCUCAGUCCCCAAGAGCAACCAGAACCCAGACACCCAGUCUCACAGCACCAGAGGCCUUUCCCAGAGUUGCAGGUGAAACAGGCAGAGGUAAACUCAGAAUCCCCAUCUUCCUCUAUUGUUAGUCCUAAAACAAGUGAAACCCAGUCAGUGUCUCCUAGAGAUAAAUACCUUCCAACCAGCAAAAAGAACAAAAGAAAAAAAAAAGAAAAAAGUAAAGGACCAACGGUUGGAUCUGUUGAAACACUGGCCAGAAGUUUCCCCAGUAACCCCCAACACGAGGAUCCUUUCAGUCAGUCAGACCCCCAAGUAGCCUCUGAGUCCACUUCUGUUAACCCUCCUGCAACAUCCACCCUCCUGUCCUCUAAGGACAAAGACACAGGACCUGGAUUUGAUGAACGGGACACAUCCAUUGUGGACUGGACAGCGUUUACACGACUAAUGGCUCUGGUGAGAGAGAUAAAGUCUGAGAAAAAUAUGUCCUCUUGCACAUCCACUCCAGGUUAUGGUGAGACUACUACCUCCUGCGCUAACAAUUCAUCCGAAAGUGAUAUAGAAAGAAGAUGGGAUCCAAAGUCUGUGCAGACUAAAAUGGCCAAAAUAACAACGAGAUGGGAUGUAAAGUGGCAUCCAUCCUGUGCUAACUCAGUGGAGAAGUUCUCAACAGCAGCUCCUGUGAUCUUGGGCAACGAGAACCAACUCUGCACCCCUAAUGCCAACAACUCAUCUCUUGAGGGCUCCGUUUCAACGAGUGGCGACCUUUUGCUCGGAGUGACAGAAGCCAAUGCAGUCAGUAGCAUGUUACCCUUUGCCAGCACUGCUGACCCCAGUGGCCCACAACGCCAGAAGAGUGUCGAUGCUCAGAGCACCUCUGGAAACACAAGCCAGUUAAACCCUAGUUCCAUCUACUGUGAAAUCACUCACGAUAACCCAAGAACGAUACCACAGCCAAGAGAUUGCACAGAGACUGACAACACUGGGGUCCGUCAGUUGCCCAUUAACACCAUCGUAACUGUCAGGCAAACCCCCCAUCAGCAGCAGUUUAUGGUUGGUUAUAAUGGACAGGCGGACCACACUGAGGUAAACAGGGGCAAUCGGGUCACUCGCAUCGUCUCCCCAGUUGGAACAGUGAGCCUCAGUGACGCUUCAGGAGGAUAUGGUCAGUGCAGUCAGAUGGCCUAUGUCAUAAAUGGACAGUCAGGUUAUUUUUCUUCUGAGGCUGUUGGAAGUUACACAACACCCAACAACCCUCCUGUAUACAGUGGGAGUUCCUACCAAUGUGAGGGGCCCUCUACAGGGGAGUUCUAUCCAAGCCAGAUUUACCCAGAGCAGGAAGCAAACCGCUUCAGCCUGCAAUCAACUGGACACAGUAUAGCACCUCCACCGCUGGGAAUGCAGCAGCAGUGGCUGUUACAGCAGCAGUACUCCUCAUGGACAAGUAGCAACUUCCCUGGCUGCUGGAGAUGGCAAAGUGACCAAUGAUGCUGCCUACGUAGGCGCUGUUCCAUUCCCGAAUCCAGCCAACAAUUCACAAAUAUCAAGUUACCUGAACGAAUAUAGCACCAACAGUAUUGCUCCAACUCAGAACAGCAACCACAUAAAACAGAACACGCCUCAAGUUUACCUUAACCCUCCAAUCAUUAACAAUCCUGCUACAGCCAACACUGACAUCAUAUCCCAGGCAUCUGCAAAGAGUUUUUUGUUGGCGCUCCCUCUGUGUUCAGUGCCACUCAUCCAUGAAACUACCUGUAAAACCAUGUGAACAAUCAGAUCCAAGUUAUUUCUGCUGUACGCUAAUUAAGUAAUGCUCUUUGUUUCUAGUAGACAUAGUUUAGUUUAGACAUAUCCCGUCUUUUAUCAGUAAGAUGAUAACUAUGCGAACAAAUAGCCGCCAUUAUGCUCCAUUGUAAAAUCCGGGAACAGCCAGACCCACGUGACACAUUCUUCCAAUCAGCUGCCAGUUUUCAUUUUUUGGGCGACAAUACAGAUUAGCGCCGCCUGCUGUUAGCAUGCGUAUUACGUCUUACGCAUGCGUAGAACGUACGCUCGUACGGGUUGGUGUGUCAGAGCCUUUAGGAACAGUACUGAUCCUCCUAGCAAAAGACGACUUGUCUCGAGUUAGACCACAGUGGGGAAGAUGUAUCAAAUCGAUUUAAGUUCCUGCAACACCCUAAAAAACGUUUUAUUAGUCCUGAAUUUUUAUGGAUUUUGUGUCGGAGUAGCAACAGGCAGUUAAUAAAUUUGAAAUUAUAACUUGUUUUUCAUUGCUUUACAUAUGAAAGAUGUGUUUGGAAACCUUUCAAAUAUAAUAGCUUUUGUUCAGUUUUUAACCAUUUCCUGUAAAAUGCAGUUCUUCUGUUAAAUGUGAAAUAUAUAUUGUAUGUUUCUUCCAUAAAUCUAUCUUAAUUUCCUA